AUGCAGAUGGGUGCAAACGCUCCAGGCAUCUGGUACCCUGAUCGCAUGACCGAAAUCCAGGAGAUGGUGAGCUGCUUGCGACAGCUAAAGAGGGAGACACACAUCGACCUCCGUAUCAUGGAACGAGAACAAGAGAGCUUCCACAUUCAGUACAAUCAGUACGACGAAAUAAAUAGGGCGCUGAAUUUCCUACAAAGUCGGGAGGGGCAGCAAGGGAUAGAAGCGAAUAUCCUUCUCCUUCAAACCCAGAAUGCAGAGAUGCAGCAUAGUCUUCAGCAGAAAGUUGCUGCCAUUGAGGAGGCCCGCAGAGCGUAUUGGCAGAAGCAGCUGUCCAACUUCCAGCGCUUGCAGGCCCUGCUGGAGGUGGUGGAUAGCGAAUUGGUCAUGUAUAAGAGGGAGCAGCAGCUCGCCGGGAACGGAACUCCAAUUACCCGCAGUCUGGAUCAAAUUCAGAUUUGGUUUGAAGGGUUGGCCGAACACAUCUGGGAGAUGCGGCAGCAGAUCACUGCAUUCCAACGGCUGCGCGAGAGCUCUAGGUUUCAGUUCAACGACCAAGUCAUCCAGGUUGACUCGCUGGCAUCGGAGGUCACUGCGCUCCUCUCCACCCUCAUCACCAAGGCGUUUGUGAUUGAGAAUCAGCCUCUCUCCACCCUCAUCACCAAGGCGUUUGUGAUUGAGAAUCAGCCGCCGCAAGUGGUGAAAACAGGCACCAAGUUCGCAGCCUCGAUCCGCUUGCUCGUCGGGGGGAAGCUCAAUAUUCACAUGAUUUCUCCUCAGGUGACGGCGAGCAUCGUCAGCGAGGCACAGGCGAGGCAACUCUACCAACGAGAUAACCCCCCUACUUCCCGCAUCGACACCUGCGGAGAGAUCCUCAACAAUAAGGGAACCAUGGAGUACCACCCGAGCCGUCGCCAUCUCAUCGCCUCCUUCAGCUUGACUGAACUGCGAAGGCCAUUCAGGAGCAUGCAGCUGCGUCGGAUCAGGCGAACUGAGAGGAGGGGAAACGAGUCAGUGACGGACGAGAAGUUCGCUCUCCUCUUCCAGACAUCCUUCAAAAUCGCCGGGGAUGUCCCUGUGGAGGUAUGGGCCCUGUCGCUGCCCGUGGUCGUGAUCGUCGGCGGGGCCCAGGAGCUCAACGCGUGGGCCACGGUCAGCUGGGACAACGCCUUCGCGGAGGCGGGCCGCGCUCCGUUCGACGUCCCGGACCAUGCCCCUUGGUCUAAGGUGGCCGAGAUGCUCAAUGCCAAGUUCAUGUCGGCGUGCGGGCGCUCCCUCACGGAAGACAACCUGCGGUUUCUCGCUGCGAAGGCCUUCCGGAGCCGCAUAUCGCAAGACUACAACAGCCUCUCCCUGACGUGGAACCAGUUCUGCAAGGAGCCUCUGCAAGACCGCAGCUUCACCUUCUGGGAGUGGUUCCACCAGAUCCUGAAGCUGACGCAGAGGGACCUCAGCUUCCUCUGGAACGACGGGUGGGGUCACGGCAUCCCAGCGGUCGAUCCUGGGGUUCAUCGGGAGGGAGCAGACGACGGAGAUCCUGCAGCAGUGCCGGCCGGGGACGUUCCUUCUCAGGUUUUCGGACUCGGAGCUCGGCGGCAUCAGCAUUUCCACGAUCACCAGUUCGUCUGGAUCCAGUAA